UAAAUUUUAUACAAAGCAGCUUCUUUUAAAUACUUCACGUGAACAUAGACCCUACACAACUUGUAAGCUGGAAAACGCCGAUGAGAGUAUCGUCCGGAUGUACUAA